UUGUUUCCGGGGUACUUUUAUAACUUUUACACAUAACACACCGUGCUGUCACCGGGAGAUCUGACCUGUCCCCGGUGCUUCUCUCAUGUCCACCGCGGUGUUAGUAGCCGCUGUUGUCGGCGGCGGGGUCCUGCUCCUCAUGCGCCGCCUGUUCCCCCGGCAACAGAAAGCCGUGAAGCUGCUCCGGUAUUCCGCCGACACUAUGCGGGGAAAGACGGUUAUCGUGACCGGGGCUAACUGCGGGAUUGGGAAGGCCCUGGCCGGGGAGCUGCUGAAGCUCCGGGCCCGGGUCAUCAUCGCCUGUCGGGACCGGCGGGGAGCCGAGGAGGCGGCAAAGGACAUCCGGAAACAAGCGGGACCGGAGCAGGGAGAGCUGGUCAUCAAACACCUGGACCUCGCCUCUCUCACAUCAGUCCGGAGGUUUUGUGAGGAAAUUAAAGAGGAGGAAUCCAAGGUUGACGUUCUCAUCAACAAUGCUGGAAUCUACCAGUGUCCCUACACAAAGACCGAGGAUGAUUUUGAGAUGCAGCUCGGUGUGAAUCACCUCGGCCACGUCCUCCUCACCCACCUCCUGCUGGACCUCCUGAAGUCUUCGGCCCCCAGCCGCAUCGUUGUUGUUUCCUCAAAGCUUUACAAGUACGGCCACAUCAACUUCGACGACCUGAACAGUGAGAAUAACUACAAUAAAGCUUUCUGCUACAGUCAGAGCAAGUUGGCCAACCUGCUGUUCACUCUGGAGCUGGCUCGUCAGCUGGAGGGCACGGGGGUCACAGUCAACGCUCUCACCCCCGGCAUCGUGAGGACCAGACUGGGAAGACACGUUCAAAUCCCUUUCCUUGCAAAGCCGCUUUUCUACCUCGCCUCGCUGAUCUUCUUCAAGAGUCCAUUGGAGGGAGCCCAAACCCCUCUCUAUCUGGCCUGCUCCCCCGAGGUGGAGGGAGUGUCGGGGAAGUGUUUCGCUAACUGUGCGGAGGAGGAGCUGAUGGCCAAGGCUACAGAUGAGCAGGCAGCCAAGAAACUGUGGGACAUAAGCAGGAGGAUGGUCGGGCUCGCUGACUGAGCAGAGUCCCGUACUGCGGACAAAAUACUUAAUCUCAAACGGACGCUGCUAUGCAGGAGUUGGCUUGUGCUAAGACUGAUUGCCACCUUGAGGAUUUCAUCAAUAAUGGAAUGAUAUGUUGUGCCAAUGAAGUGUGUAAAUGUGUGCAGUGUAGUGGGUAAAACAGAGACUGGAUACAGUUUCAAUUAAAACAUGUAAACGUGAUGGUUCAAA